ACUAGAAAUAUAGAGUUCAUCUCUCUCUCUCCCAGACCAUGACAUUGACCAUGAGAUUUCUUCUCCUCCUUGCUGUUUGUUUCUUCUGGACAGUUUCAACUAGUCAUGUACCAUACGAUUCCAUUUUCAGCUUCGGUGACUCACUUGCCGAUACUGGAAAUUUCCUUCUCUCUGGCGCCCUCGCAUUUCCAGUCAUUGGAAACCUCCCAUAUGGGGAGACAUUCUUUGGACACGCGACUGGCCGGUGCUCGGAUGGACGCCUAGUGAUCGACUUCAUUGCUGAGGCAUAUGGACUACAAUUUGUGCCACCCUAUCUGGCACUCACUGAAGGCCAAAAAGUCCAGCAUGGAGUGAAUUUUGCUGUAGCUGGAGCUACUGCACUUGAUUCAAAAUUUUUCUAUGACAAAAAUAUUGGAAAUUUUCUAUGGACUAAUGACUCCUUGAGCAUUCAACUUGGUUGGUUCAAGAAACUAAAGUCCACCCUUUGCACCACUAAACAAGACUGUGACAACUACUUCAAGGGAUCGCUCUUUCUCAUGGGAGAGAUCGGGGGUAAUGACUAUAACUACCCGUUCUUCCUCGGUAGCACCAUUACAGAACUUAAAGCCGUGGUACCUUUGGUGGUUGAAACAAUUGCUGCAGCCACAAGCAUGUUGAUAGAGGAAGGAGCAGUGGAGCUGGUGGUGCCGGGAAAUUUUCCGAUCGGGUGCUCCGCGGUGUACCUGACAUUGUUUCAAACUCCAAACAAAGCAGCAUAUGAUCAAAAUGGGUGUCUAAAGGCAUACAAUGCAUUCUCUAAGUAUCACAAUGCUCAGCUCAAACUUGCUCUGGAAAAAUUGAGAAAGAAGUACCCUCAUACAAGGAUCAUUUACGCUGACUACUAUGGUGCUGCAAAGCAAUUAGUUCACUUGCCAAAACAUCACGGAUUUUAUGGGGGCUUAAAGGCUUGUUGUGGAGGAGGUGGACCGUACAAUUUUAAUAACUCAGCAAGGUGUGGUCACACUGGUUCGAAACCAUGCAUGGAUCCCUCAACUUAUGCCAAUUGGGAUGGAGUCCACUUGACGGAGGCGGCUUACCGGUACAUCGCCACGGGCUUGACCAAGGGCCCGUUUACCUCUCCACCCCUCAAAUCCUCCUCUAUGUUUGAUGGUCUUUGAAUUCAGGGCUCGCCACCAGCUGGACCGGGCCUACUCGUUAGCCAGGAUAGCUCAUCGGUGGAGCUCAUCGGUUGGGCUCUUAGUAGUUGUCUUGUCAACAUCUUGGUUGAUUCAAUCGCUUAGAGAAUUCUAUCCGCGGUCUUUAAUGGAGAGAUUUGGAAUGAAACAGAUUUUUUAAUUUUUAAGGAAUUCGAAUAAGUCUUUAAAAGUAAACUCCAUUCGAAUAAAACUAGUUAUUUCUCGUGCCUUAAAAAAAAAUGGUCAACAUAUUUGUAUCCUUAAGAAUCCGAUAUUAUCCUCGUGUGAAGUCGGUGAUGUAUAGGUAAUGCAUGUCACCUUGGCCCACAUCCUUGUCGGAAAUAAAG